AUGGAAGCAAUAACAUCACCAUCGUCAUCUCGCCACGUCGUCAAGCUGUUACUGGCGCUGAUGUCCUGUGUCACUGCCCAACACACCCACUGUAGGGAAGCAGGUAACAUGACUGAGUUGAUGGACAGAUUCAACAGGUUAAAUCCCGGCAUGUUUCUCCAUUAUAACCCACAUGGACCUCCUAAUGGCGGGACUCCGUCCACCGACUCUCCAACUCUGAGCUGUCCAAGGUCUCUGGGAGAUCCUUCAGCUGGUGUGAAUGACAAAGCUCUCUGUCCAUGGACGACAAGAGUGGUGCCCUACCCUGGUCAGUUACCCCCGUAUCUGGUAGAGGCCGAAUGCCUGUGUUCGAGGUGUGUAGAGAAGAAAGGAUUCAGUUGUGAACGCGUCACGUACUCCAUCUGGGUGCUGCAACAGACAGGAGAGUGCAGUUCCGGCGUCCAGGUGUACAGGAAGGCACAGAAGGAAGUCACAGUGGGGUGUACCUGUGUCAAUGCACGAACCAACUGA